CUAUGCGUUCCGCUGAGCAGCCCUGGGAGGCGCGGCGGGCUCGCGGCUCUUCGCUGUGAGCACCGCCACCCGGUGCUGUGGGGCCAGCUAGGCAGGCGCGCCAUGGCCUCAGUGAGCUUUGAGGAUGUGGCUGUGCACUUCACCCAGGAAGAGUGGGCUUUGCUGAAUCCUUCCCAGAGGAGUCUGUACAAAAAUGUGAUGCUGGAGACCUGCAGGAACCUCGCUGCCGUAGGAUGCAAAUGGAAAGACCAGAGCAUUGACAACCAUCAUAAAAAUCCUGGGAGAACUCUAAGCUUGUGUUUUCUUUACAGAAGUUACAUGUUACAGACAUUCUGUGAGAAUGAAGGUGAUGACCAAGAUAGAGAAGAACUGACUUGGAAACCAAACCUCAGUGUGAGCAUGAAAAGUUCCACUGGACUAAUGCCAUGUGAAAACAGCGUAUGUGGAAAGACAGCCUGGAAUCAGUCACCCUCUAGUAGAUAUGCCGCAUCUCACGCUCAGUAUAAUCCACAUAAGCAUGAGAAAUAUGUGACCAAGCAAUGUAACUCUGAUUCUCUAAUAAGCUUCCAAAGGUACAUGAGAACUCACGUUGUGGAUGGGCCAUGUGAAUGUGAGGUAUGUUUAAAAUAUUUUGGUUUUCCAAAUACACAGGAUCAGGAAUCUGAUGGUGGAAAAAAUCCAUGUCAAUACAAGGAAUAUGGAAAGACCUCUGUUAAUAUUAGUUCAUCAUGUACACAUAGAGGAACUCAUGCCGUAGGAAAAUGUUAUGAGUGUCAUCAAUGUGGUAAAGCUCUGAGCUCUUAUAGUUCACUUAGAAGACAUGAAAGAAUUCAUACUGAGAAGAAACCCUAUAAAUGCAAACAGUGUGAGAAAGCCUUUAGAUACCACAGUUACCUUCACUUACAUGAAAGAAUUCACACUGGUGAGAGACCCUAUGAAUGUAAACAGUGUGGGAAAGCAUUUAUAUUUCCUGGUGCCUUGCAGGUACAUGAAAAAAUUCAUACUGGAGAAAAACAUCAUGAAUGUAAACAAUGUGGUAAAGCCUUUAGACGUCAUAGUGAUCUUCAAGUACAUGAAAAAAUUCAUACUGGAGAAAAACCUUAUGUAUGCAAACAAUGUGGUAGAGCUUUUAGACUUAACAGUCAUCGGCAGAGACAUGAACAAACUCAUACUGAAGACAGACCCUUUAUAUGCAAGCAGUGUGGCCGAUCUUUUGAACGUUACAAUAAUCUUGAGUUACAUGAAAAAAUUCAUACUGGAGACAGGCCCUUUGUAUGUACAGAAUGUGGCAAAGCUUUUGGAUGUUACAGUAAUCUACAAUUAUAUGAAAAAAUUCAUACUGGAGACAGACCCUUUGUAUGUAAAGAAUGUGGUAAAGCCUUUAUAUGUCAUGGCCAUCUUCAGAGGCAUGAAACAACCCAUACUGGAGAAAAACCCUAUGGAUGUAAACAGUGUGGGAAAGCCUUCAGUCGUAACAGUCAUCUUCAGAGACAUCAAAGAACUCACAAGCCGAUGUCUACAUGCCCCAGAAAGUAAUGACCCCACCAAAGUCCAACUAGGCAAACAAAUAGUUGUGAUAGGAUGACUUCUAGGAACACGGACAACUCCUGGACAGCUGUAUCUUCAUCAUGUUACUCCAGCCCAAGUCCUCAAAAGAGCUCUGGAGAUCUCUGCAAAGCUUGCAGGCAGCUCAGCUGACCCAGCAAGAAGCCUCUCAGCAGUUGUUUACUGCUUUUGUAACCUUGGAGAAAGGCCUUGGCCAUCUAUUUUAAGGCUUUGUUUUCUGCAAUUUGUUACUUGUUUACUUACCAAGUUUCCAGCCUCCCUCUUUCUUUCUUCCUUUCUUUCUUCCUUCCUUUCUUUCUUUCUUUCUUUUUUUUCUGAGACAAGGUUUCUCUGUGUAGCUCUGGCUGUCCUGGAACUCACUCUGUAAACCAAGCUGGUCUCAAACUCAAAGAGAUCCAUCUACCUCUGCCUCCCAAGUGCUGGGAUUAAAGCUGUGCCCAGCUCCAGCCUCCCUCUUACAGGCAGUGUUUCAAUUUAGAGGAAAUUGUUAGCAGUCUUUCUGGCUCUUUCAUUGUCUUUUAUGUUUUUGAACCUUGGUAGAGUGGUAUACACAGCCAUCAAUGUCUAAGCACUGCACUCCUAUGCCACAGCAACCCUCACUUAGCAGCUCACCAGUGGCUGUGGGCCCUUCAUCACUAAGGUCUUGCCAUCUAGUUCUGGCAUGGAACCAGAAGCAGUGAUAGUAACCUUUAUGGUUUGUGGUACCUCAGGGGCCUCCUUGGGAAACAAAUUACAACAGGUAUCCCACGGCUGGCAUUGGGAUCCUUGUUUAGCCUCCACUGGGAGUGCCCUCCCCACACAGAUUGCCUUCAUUACUCAAACACAUUAGCUGUUACUUUAAUAAGCCAUUUUAAAAAAAACUCCAGCCACAGCAGGUUUAUAAGUCAGAUAAAGCACAUUGUAGCUAGCUGCUGUUUGACAGGCUCUGCAUUAGUGCUAAUGACUAUCCUUGUCACUCACCCUUCCUCUGGCACCCACACAUAACACUGAGUUGGGUGAGACGCCUUAUGCAUGGAUGUGAUUAUAAGAGGCUUGUGUCAGUUUCCACACAAGUGAGAACAUAUUGACAUUGCUCACUGAUAAGCCCUCAUAGGGCAAGAUGCCUUUUCUAUGUGUCCCAUCAUAGCAUCUGUCAAGGUCAUGGUCAAGAACAGGCCUGAUCUGUCCUCAAGCUCACCAGCUUUUUUUUCCAUCUGAUAUAUUCAGCUGUUGAUACUUUAUAUUACAUUUUAAAUUUUAUCGAGAGAACAUUUUAAUGUAAGUCUUCUGUAUUUUUUGUUUCAAUCUUAAUCUGAUAGAUUAACUGAAUUAUUGUUUGUGAAAUUCUGAAGUUCCUCAAGUUCCUUAAAACAUCAAUUAUAAUCUCUCAGUCAAUGAGUCUUCACGUGUUAGUUGCUGUUUGAUUGGCCACUGGCACUUUAUUUUGUUGAUCCUGUGAGCUUAUGGUUCUGAAAAAUAAUUCUUUUUUUUCCGAGACCUGGCUUCUCUGUAGCUUUGGAGGCUGUCCUGGAACUAGCUCUUGUAAACCAGGCUGGGCUCAAACUCACAGAUCCUGCCUCUGCCUCCCAAGUGCUAGGAUUAAAGGCAUGCGCCACCACCGCCCGUCCUUGUUGGUGUGUGAUGGCAUCUAUGCAUUGAAGGAUUAGGCACUCCAGUUUCAUAUUUGUUUUUGUUACAUGUCCUUAUGGAAAUCCUAAGAAGGGUUCUCUUUUACUACUAUUAAGUGUUUGGAGUCUUUAAGUCUGUGUAUUUAAUGGUGUAUUGCCAUUGUGUCAGCACUAGAGGGCGCCCCAGGCCCAAGUUUGUCUGUACCCACAGUUGUCAGAAUGGACUGAGUAGAGGUGUUCUUCAAACACUGUAAGCCGAAUUUUAGAGUAAAUGCUCUCUUUUUUCCAGAUUUAGUACAAAGUUGGGCUUGGGUUUCCUCUUAUUUCUAGUUUCUUCAGGACUUUUAUUGUGAAGGUGUGUUGGAUUAGUCAAGCAAGUGCCUGAAUCUUUCAAGAUGAUUGUAUAUUUCUGUCCUCAAUCUGUUAAAAUGGUGCAUUACAUUUACUGACCUACAUGUGUUGAACCAAAUGUGCAAUCUGGGUGGGAAAUCACAAUUGUGAUGUCCAGUUGUCUUAGUGUAUUAUCAAAUUCAGUUUGCAAAUCUCUUUUGGAUAAGAUUAGCAUCUGUGUACAUCAUAGAAACUGGUCUAAAAAAAGAAAAAAAGAAGUCUUAAUAUAGUGGCACUUUUGGCCUGUGGCCAGGAUAUAAAACA